UGCAUCAGAUUUGCUCACCACUACACUACGCUCCUCCUAGAGAGAGAAAAAAAAAAAAAAGAGCGAGAGAGAGAGAGACAAACACAGGGAGGACGAAAGAAAAGAACAGCUCGGUUAGAACUAGACGCUCCUCUCUCUCUCUCUCUCUCUCUCUCUCUCUCUCUCUCUCUCUCUGUCUGUUUCACUUUGAAUUUAGUUUCUUAUGAAGUCUGGUAGGGAGAGAGAGAUAGAUCGUGAGCUCGAGAUUUGAGGAAGAAAGAGUGUGGUUGAGGUAUAUAUCCCUUUCAGGCGCUUUCAGUUCAGAUCAGAGUGAAACUUCAGAGAGAAAACUGAAAAACGACAGCGUUUUAAUCGGAGGAAGGAAAAUACUGUCUGUAGUAUCUUAUCUCAGGUGUAUUGCUCAACUGUGCUCACUAACUGUCUCGUGAGUCGUGACACUGACCCCGUAUUUGGAGAUACUGUCGGAGUAGCGAAUUAGCGAUGGACCUACUAUCUUUAAGCCAAAUUCAACAACCUUGCUUAUAACAUCUAACCUGUCUUAUAUUUUAGGAAAGCAAGAGGAAGUGCGAAUAUUUUGACUUCCGCAUUUUGAUUUUCCUUUCUCAGAAUUUGAAAUUAUGACCUUAUUUUUCGUUUAAUUGUUGGUGGGGUUGAAAAGUCCAAACGUGGAGUGUGAGAAAUGGGGUCGAUUGGAGGGGCUGAGCUACCAAAGAUCGAGAAGAUGCAAACAGCAAGUGCCCGUGAAGAGAAGAUUCUUGUUUUGGUGAGGUUGAGGCCCUUGAAUGAGAAGGAGAUUGUGGCAAAUGAAGUUGCUGACUGGGAAUGCAUCAAUGAUACCACCAUCUUGUACCGGAAUACCCUUCGCGAAGGCUCUACAUUUCCAUCUGCCUAUACUUUUGAUAGAGUAUUUCGGGGUGACUGCUCCACAAGGCAAGUGUAUGAGGAAGGAGCCCAGGAAGUUGCUCUUUCAGUUGUUAGUGGUAUUAACUCAAGUAUUUUUGCGUAUGGGCAGACAAGCAGUGGAAAGACAUACACCAUGAUGGGGAUAACUGAGUAUACAGUGGCAGAUAUAUUUGACUAUAUACAUAGGCAUAAAGAGAGAGCAUUUGUUUUGAAGUUCUCAGCAAUUGAGAUAUACAAUGAAGCUAUUAGAGAUCUCCUUAGUACAGAUUCUACUCCACUUAGAUUGCUAGAUGAUCCAGAGAAAGGGACAGUUGUUGAGAAAGUUACAGAGGAAACACUAAAGAACUGGAGCCAUCUAAAGGAGCUCCUUUCUGUUUGUGAAGCUCAAAGACAGAUUGGGGAGACCGUCCUGAAUGAGAAAAGCUCCAGAUCUCAUCAAAUUCUUAGAUUGACAAUUGAAAGUUCUGCUCGUGAAUUCAUAGGCAAAGAAAAUUCUACCACUCUUUCAGCAACUGUGAAUUUUGUUGAUUUGGCGGGAAGUGAGCGCGCAUCUCAGUCAUUAUCCUCUGGGGCAAGAUUGAAAGAAGGAUGCCACAUAAACCGAAGUUUGUUGACUCUGGGAACUGUUAUUCGCAAGCUAAGCAAGGGGAGACAUGGGCACAUCAAUUAUAGAGAUUCUAAGCUUACAAGGUUACUGCAGCCUGCUUUGGGUGGCAAUGCUAGAACAGCCAUUAUCUGCACACUAAGCCCUGCACGUAGUCAUGUUGAACAAACUAGAAACACUCUUUUGUUUGCUUGUUGUGCAAAAGAAGUUACUACCAAAGCACAGGUCAAUGUAGUCAUGUCAGAUAAGGCGCUGGUUAAGCAGUUGCAAAGAGAGUUGGCUAGAUUGGAGAGUGAGUUGAAAAGUCCUGCCCCUGCUUCAUCAACCAGUGAUUAUGCAGCAUUGCUUAGAAAGAAAGAUACUCAAAUACAAAAGAUGGAUAAACAGAUUCGAGAGUUGACAAAGCAACGGGAUCUUGCUGAAUCCCGGGUUGAGGAUUUGCUGCAAAUGAUCGAACAGGAUCAAAAUUCAAGAAAUGGGGCUGUGGUUGGUCCUCAUCCUAAUCAGCAAGCAGGGCAUUCAUGGGAAGAUGAAUAUGAAGACAGUGGGAGCAACAUGGCGGAGCCCUACCACCUUCAGGACAACACUGAUGACCAUUCUGUGUCUGAUGGCACUUCUUCAUUGAUGUCAAUUGGAAAGAAUAUUGUUAGAUCCAAUUCAUGUCAGAGUCUGGAGGAUACUGCUGUUGGACCUGCAGAAGAUUUUGAUGACUACUGCAAGGAAGUUCAAUGUAUUGAAAUGGAUGAGACAGCAAGAGAGAACAAGUUUGAACCUCAUUCCAUAUCAACUGGUGAAAAUGAAGCAACAUUAGCUUUGACAAUGUUUGGGGCAUCAGGGCUGCAAAUAUCAACUCCAACAAGUGGACAUAGAGAAGUGAGUCGCAUGCAAAAUGGUUUCACUUAUGAUAUGUUGGAGCAGAGACUGCAUCAUGUACAAAGGACCAUAGAUGCUCUUGUCAGUCAUGAACCUGAUGGGACAUCUCCACCAACCUUGGCAACUGAUAUGUCAAGUUCUAGAAGCAUGAAGUUAACAAGGAGCUGGAGUUGUAGAGAGAAUCUUAUGACUGGCUCUUCUCCCUACCUUGGGAAGGCAGAACAAAUUGAGAGCACCCCACCAAAUGGUUUUGACAAAAGCUUUUCUGGGAGGCCGGACAGUAUUCAGAGGAAGUUUCCUCCACUAAAUUAUGGUGCUGAUGCUGCAAGGUUAUCAAGAAAUGAUUCUCAGUCUUCUCUUGAUAGUGCCUACACAGAUGACUUCAGGUCACAAAGCAUCAAAACUUCUGCAGAUGGGGAUAUACCUAGCAUCCAAACUUUUGUUGAAGGACUGCAGGAGAUGGCCAAGCAGGAGUAUGAGAAGCACCUAGUUGAUGGUCAGGUACAGGGGACAGACCGAACUGCUCAUAAAUUUGAAAAGAACGCAAAAGAUGUUGGAUUGGAUCCCAUAUGUGAAGCACUAGAAACUUCUAAUGAUUGGCCACUGGAAUUUGAGAGGAACCGGAGAGAGAUAUUUGAACUUUGGCAUACUUGCAAUGUUUCCUUGGUUCAUAGAACUUACUUUUUCCUGCUCUUUAAAGGUGAUCCAACAGAUUCCAUAUACAUUGAGGUGGAGCUUAGGAGACUUUCCUUCCUCAAGGAAACACUUUCUCGAGGAAAUCAUUCUGUGGGAGCUGGUUGGACAUUAACAUUAGCAACAAGGGGAGACAGCAUCAAGGCCCUUCACAAGGAGAGAGGAAUGCUAAGCAAGCUGAUGCAGAAGAGGUUAUCAGAAGUAGAGAGAAAGAGAAUCUACCAGAAGUGGGGUAUAGGGUUGAACUCGAAACGUAGGAGGCUACAGUUGGCGAACCGCUUGUGGAGCAACACAAAGGAUAUUAACCACAUCAUGGAGAGUGCUGCAAUAGUUGCAAGGCUCGUAAGAUUUGUAGAACAGGGGCAAGCUCUCAAGGAGAUGUUUGGGCUUAGCUUCACACCCCCAAACACGAGGAGGAGGUCCUUGGGGUGGACAUAGUACAGCAAAUCAACUCUUUUAUGCAACCAGAGCAGUGAUUUGUUGAAAUCGAUAGGCCAUAUGGCAUUCUUACACGUUAGCUUGUGCCACGUAUAAAGUUGAACUCGGUUUUGCCAUUUUCUCUA